GACAGAUGCAGCAGUGCGUAUGGAUCUCGAUAGUGUUGGUCGGCUUCUGCAUUAUUGCUGAUGGUUCGGAUGCAGCAGUAUCCGCUGAAAACAACAACGAGGAAACCCCUGCGCAACCCCCAGUGCAAAAUACCCGGCCUCAGCGUCGUCGUCCAGUAGCCCCAGCGGCAUCAGCACCUGAUGCCGAAACCCCGCAAAAAAGCAGCAGCGAGUCUUCUGUGCCAAAUUCGAAUCCGUUUCGUCGCCGUCCUGCGGCACCGCCAGUCCAACCAGAAGAACCGCAACAAGAAGUACAGCAACAAAGACGAGAGCAAUUGCCAGCAGUGCAGUCGACAUCGUCAUUAGCCGAUGUCGACGCAGCAGACCCGGCGGCUGACGGAGAGUUUGUGUCGGAAUGCCCGAUCGCUGACGGGUUUUUUGCGGACGCCUUCGAAUGCGACAGGUACUACGAAUGCAGGGGCAACAAAAUCUCUGAAAAGGUGUGCAAGGAUGGUCUGGUUUUCAACGAUUACUCGGUCAAGUUCGGACGCUGCGAUUUCCCGUUCAACGUCGACUGCACGGACCGACCGAAACUUCAACCUGCUCAGCCCUCGCCCAACUGCCCACGAUCCAACGGCUACUUUGCACACCCGGAUCCCAAGGAAUGCACCAAGUUCUUCUUCUGCUCAGACGGGGUCGACAAUCCCAUCACGUGCCCAGGUGGACUCAUCUUCGACCCGAAAAAGGGCCAGUGUGCCUGGCCGGAAGACGCCAAACGAGAAGGGUGCUUAGCCGAAGAGCUCUUUGAGUUCAACUGUCCUAAACAGUCGAAUCAGGAUUUUAAUGGACCACAGAGACAACAGCAUCCCCGGUUUGCGGAUCCGAAAGACUGUCAGUUUUUCUAUUUGUGCAUCGAUGGGGUGACGCCCAGAAAAAAUGGCUGUCCACUGGGACGAGUUUUCAAUCAAGAAACCGGCUUGUGUGACGAACCGGAAAACGUCCUUGAUUGCAUCGACUGGUAUAAAGACGACCCAAGGUUCCUCACCUCGACAACGUCGACUAGCCCACGUCCGAGGCCCACAGCAAAGAACUCACGGGUUCGACCUAAUCGCACGAGAGCGACAACGGCCCGAGCUCUGACGCGAUUUUCCGAUCGGAACGUCCAGAAACAAGAACAACAAACAUUUUGAGUCCAGAAAAGCGGGAACAAACGCUCGUUUUUCUUGAAUGUUGGUUAUUGGGACCACGCAUGAACAUUUUUCCACGAAAUUUUUGAAACGAUCUGCCAUGCCACAAGCAGCUGUGCGAUUCGUGGGACCCCUGCUGAAGUGAUGCCUUUAAUUUUUUUUUGUAGGCUUCGUUCGAAUAAAAAAAAAUGAAAAUGU